AUGGCAUUAUUUUUAGGACUACCCGGCAAUGCCAUCAUUCUCCAAGCUUACGCACGGAAGAAACGGAAGACGAGCACGGAUAUCCUCAUCAUGGCCCAGGCAUCAGUCGAUUUCAUCGCUUGUGUAUUCACGCCUGUAUUUAUCUUCGCAAGUGGUUUUCCUGAUCUAGUCACCGAUGGUCUGUGUCAGAUGACAGCGGUCACGGGAGAGCUCACAGCUCACACCACUCUUUUACUGACCACCGCAAUCAGCAUCGAUCGCUACGUGGUCGUAUGUCAUCCGUUCCGACGUCGCAUGACGGUGCGGAUGUCGAUUUCCUUACUGAUAAUCUGCACGCUCUUCGCCACCGCUUUCAGCUCGGGCAUUGCCGUCUUGACGGAACCACAUGCAGUUAUUUGCAAUGGGAGACGAUUAUGUAUAAUUUCGUCAUCCAACUCCACGGGUUAUCUCGCAUUUGAGAUGACCUUUGCAGCCUUGUUCUUCGUCUCAUUUACAACGACCACUCUCUUCUACGCUCUCAUCUACGCUUUCCUCCGAAAAAGAGCAAAGAUUCACGCCGAACUGGUAAACAAUGAUCUCCCUCUAGCUGCCAUCAGUUCAAAGAACAGUUCGCUCGAGUCGAACUCGAGAAUAGACCAGCCCGAAACAAAUCAACAUUCAUCGCCUUUAGAGAUUUACAUCUGCUUGGGAAACUGGCGCAAACUUAUCAAGACGAUGGUCACUGACUUCUACUUCAGCGAUGUUGGAAGACGAAGAAAAUGA